AUGCAUCAUGUGCUAACUAAUGAUCCAGAAGAUCUAGAGUUGCAUUUUGAGAGGGAUUUUUAUUUUCCUGCAAGAGAAGAAAGAAUUAAAAUCACAGCCAUUAAUCACCGUCACGCCAUCACAGCCGUUCAUUGUUUCUUCUCACGUGCCGGUAGGCCCGCACCGCACUGGAAUAAAAGGAGAUACGCAGGAUGGGGGGAGACGGAUUCAACAGCGAUCGCGAUGGCGGCGGCGAGGUACGGCCUGCAAGUGCUUCUACGCAGCGGAGCGAGGCGGAGCAACCCAGCCGCCGGCAAGAGGAGCUUCUCCGCCUCCGCCCACCAUGACGACGCCUAUGAGACGGCGAAAUGGGAGAAGAUAACAUAUGCGGGGAUCGUCACCUGUACUGUGCUCUCGAUCUAUAACCUUUCCAAGGGGCACCCCCACCAUCCCGAACCCCCGGCUUAUGCAUAUUUGCACGUCCGUAACAAGGAAUUCCCCUGGGGUCCUGAUGGACUCUUUGAGAGGAAGCAUGCUGAGCAUUAGGGCAGCAUUCUCAUUAUUUCUGAUUUUCACUUAGAAUAUUCUCAGGUUGAGAGUGAAACUUGGAGCAGCUGUUCAAAGCUACUGUGCCCUUUUUUUACCAAAAAAAAAAGCUACUUUGCCAUUUCAUCUGAUUUUGAAAAAAAAUAUAAUAAUAUUGUUGAACGUUCUUUUCGCAAAUAAAUUUAUUUCUGUUCCAAAGAGCUGUAUGACGUUGAUCUGUUUUUGGCUUGUUGACCUAUUCAACUUCCCUUGGAAAGGAAGAUUAAGUCAUGCUAAUAAAGAUCUCUCUGUUUUCA